UUUCUUUUUGUUCCUAACUGAACUGUGAUAAAAACUCUCGCUUUUGUCUUUUCCUCCAUCCAAUUGCUCUCCUUCCUCCUUCCUUUCUUCUUAUCAGGAGCUUCUCAACUCUCCCGCCUUGCAUGCUCUCUUGGCAAUCUUAUUUUUCCUUUUAUCUUUUUCAUCCAUACUUUAUUAAAUCGGUACAACUGUGUUAUCAUUCAGACUCUACGUUCUGAUUGCUGUAAUUCUUCUGUUAUGUCAACCUAUAAAUGUUUUCUAUCUUUUGAUCACCACUUAUGUUAUGGAUUAUUAACUGUUUAUUUCAUCUCAACAUGAUAAAUUAGCCUAUAUGUAAUAUUAACUUCUCAAAGAUAUAAUAAGUGAGGAGUAAUGAUUGAUAAUAAUAGUAAUAAAAGAUAUAAUAUGGCACCAAGUAAAAAAAAUGUAACUUAUGCAAUAAAUCAAUGUAUGGUUGGCAAGAGACUAUUCAAUGUGAGAUUUGUGCAUUGAAACAACAUGUUUUAUGUUUGGAGAUCAGUGAUGAUGAGCUGAAUUUCUUUAAAGACUCAGGCUUUGAAUGUCAAGCCUGUAUGAGUAAAAAGUCAUUAAUAGUGAACGACAAUACACCAGUUCGGCCACUUCCAGCUGGGCAAGCUGUGACAAAUCAGAGUUUCAACUCUGACACCAAUAUCAAUGACAAUGACCUAGUAGUCACCAAGGCCAAUAAUUUAAUUGUGAGUAUGCUUAGGGAAUUAGAGAAUACUUUCACCAAUAAAUUUCUGAGAAUGGAGAAAGAAAAUGCUUCACUCUUUGCUAAUCUCUCAUCGGAAGUAGCUGCAUUGAAAGAGGAGCUCAUUACAUUGAAUGAGGAGAAUUCUAGGUUGAGAAGUAUCCUUCUUAAAAAGCUGGAGAUAUCAAAUGUGACCUCUUGUACUAAAAGUGUUGAGAGAACAGAGUGUAAUCGUGUUAUUUCUGCUAAUAAGGUAACAGUGGCCACUCUCAAGACUGUUGAAUUGGAAAUUGAGGGAGCAGUUCAACAGGCCAAUGAGAUUGCGGUGGGUGUGAAGUCGAAAGAAACUUGGGCUGAGGUUGCUGGGAAGCCAAAAAGAAUAAACCGUGGAGUACACACUACUGAUAACAACAGAACUGCCAGCAAUAUUACAUCUGUAUUCAAGAAAAAACUAGACUCAGUUGAACAAAAGAAAAAUAGAAGUCGGGUUCAAGUCGGGUUAUGGAAGAAUACAAACAUUGCAAUAACAUCUAGGAAUAGCGCUGUUUGCUAGCCGUUUCUCUCCUGACACUUCAACAAAAGACAUAGAACACCUGAUUAGGAGCACCAUCUCAAAUGGGUUUGUUUCCUGCACAAAACUUCGUUCAAAAUUUCCUGAAUCAUACAGUUCCUUCCAUGUAUUGUUGUCGGAAAACAUAUUCAAGGAAGUAUGCAAACCUGAGGCCUGGCCUGAAGGAGCCAUUAUAUCCCCUUUCUAUGGUAAACUAUCCAGUUCCACAACUCAUGCAGCUAAAACUACGAGUAAAGCGGUGCCUAUUGCCAACUUGAAUCCCGUGGAGGGCUAUAGUAGAGAUACUCCAGAAUGAAAGAUUUGCAUCUGUUCUACCAAAAUGUCCAAGGACUACGGACAAAAUCAGUUGAAUUCUUUACUUCUGUUGUAAGUAAUGACUUUGAUAUUAUUGCUCUAACUGAAACAUGGUUGGGUGAUCAACACUGUAGCUCAAACUUCUUUCCUCCAAGUUAUAAUGUUUUCAGAGCAAAUAGGCAAUAUGAUACACUUGGGCAGACUAGAGGAGGAGGAUCAUUGCUUGCUGUGAAGAAGUCUCUACCUGCAUUUAGAAGAUUCGACCUAGAACUAUUACCUGAGGUUGUAUGGAUUGAGAUUAAACUACCAGGACACCAUCUUUU